AGGUGUGAACUUCCUCCUGGAGGGAGGGGUGGGUCGGGCUGUACCUGACUAGUCCAUCUGUCCACAGUGCGUGCUUCUGAGAAAUGUCUACCAAUGAGACAGAAGCCCCUGCCGACACCCAGGUGACAGCUGAAGAACCUGUACAGCAGCCCAGCGUGGUGGACCGAGUGGCCAACAUGCCCCUCAUCAGCACCACCUGCAACAUGGUGUCGGCAGCCUACACCUCCACCAAGGAGAGCCACCCCCACGUCAAGACCGUCUGCGACGCGGCCGAGAAAGGCGUGAAGACCCUCACGGCGGCUGCCGUCAGUGGGGCCCAGCCCAUCCUGUCCAAGCUGGAGCCCCAGAUCACGUCAGCCAGUGAAUACGCCCAUCGGGGGCUGGAUAAGCUGGAAGAGAACCUGCCGAUCCUACAGCAGCAGACGGAGAAGGUCCUGGCGGAUACCAAGGAGCUCGUGUCGUCUAAGGUGACCGGGGCCCGAGAAGCAGUGGCCAGCGCCAAGGACACAGUGGCCACCCGAGUGACAGAGGCAGUGGAUGUGACCCGGGAAGCUGUGCAGAGCGGCGUGGACAAGACCAAGUCGGUGGUGACCAGCAGUGUCCAGUCGGUCAUGGGGUCCCGCAUGGGCCAGAUGGUGCUAAGUGGGGUGGACACAGUGUUGGGCAAGUCGGAGGAAUGGAUGGACAACCACCUGCCUAUGACAGACUCCGAGCUGGCCCACCUUGCCACGUCCCUGGAGGGCGUCGACGUCGCCUCGGUGCAGCAGCAGCGGCAGGAGCAGAGCUACUUCGUGCGUCUGGGCUCCCUGUCGGAGCGGCUGCGCCAUCAAGCCUACAAACACUCGGUGAACAAACUGCAGCACACCCGGCAGAGGGCCCAGGAGGCCCUGCUGCAGCUGGCGCAGGCCCUCAGCCUGAUGGAAAGUGUGAAGCUGGGCAUGGAUCAGAAGCUGGUGGAAGGUCAGGAGAAGCUACACCAGAUGUGGCUCAACUGGAACCAGAAGCAGCUCCAGGGCACGGAGAAGAGCCUGGCGAAGCCAGAGCAGGUCGAGUUCCAGACGCUCACCAUGUUGCGUGACAUUGCCCAGCAGCUGCAGGCCACCUGCACCUCGCUGGGGUCCAGCAUCCAGGGGCUGCCCAGCCACGUGAAGGACCAGGUACAGCAGGCUCGCCGCCAGGUGGAGGACCUCCAGGCCACCUUUUCCGGCAUGCAUUCCUUCCAGGACCUGUCCAGCUCCAUCCUGACGCAGAGCCGCGAGCGCGUCGCCAAGGCCCGCGAGGCCCUUGACCACUUAGUCGAGUAUGUGUCCCAGAACACGCCCAUCACGUGGGUGGUGGGACCCUUCGCCCCUGGAGUCGCGGAGAAAGCCCCAGAACCAGAAGAGAAGAAGUAGGAUAGGCAGGAAAGGGGUUCGGGGUCUCAGUCCGUUCCCGAGCGGUCAGCAAGGAGCACUGGACCCCCUGCCCCCAGCUCAUCUCAGCUACUGCCCUGGGAAGCUGGGAUCCUCCCAACAGACCACCCUGAGCCUGGAGGAAGAAUGUCCUGAGCCGUACCUCCUCAGCAUUGGUGUGAGGUUUCCGAAAAAUUGUUUUCUAGAAGGUUUUAAAGAAAUUGUUUUAGAAGAAGGUUUCAAAAAAUAUAUUGUUUCUUCCCUAAAAGCCAGGGAUCUCGCUCUUCUAUCCCACUUCCUUUUGUACAUCAAGGGCCACAGACCUCAGUGUUUAGGUCCCGAACUUGGACUUCUGGUCUGUGAAGUGGGCCUCCUGCGGCAGGGAGGGGCUGCCUGGGCGCGUUGUAGAGCAGGAGGGGGCGGGGCCUGCCUGGGAAGCCGUAGGUGCCUGGAGCUUCAGUGUUGCCUUAAUAAAUUUUAUCUGCAGCUGAGUA